AUGAAGGGCGACCCGGAUGCGCCACAUGUUGUCAAUUUGAUCAAUUCUGUCGUCGGAGUCGGAAUACUGGCGAUUCCCUUCUGUUUCAAACAAUGUGGCUUGUUACUGGGCGCGCUGGUCCUCGCUUUCGCCGGCUACGCUACUUAUAGCUCCGUUGCUUUGUUGCUACACGCCGCCGUCUCCAAAUCCAAACACAACUACGAGUACCUCUGCAAAGCAUGCUUCGGCGGGACGGGCAAGUUUGGCGUCGAAUUCGCGCAAAUUGGCCUCAUGCUAGGAACAUGCAUUGCCUUUUAUGUUGUCAUUUCUGGUCUGUUGACCGAAGUUUAUGUUGGUUUCUUUGAAACAGAAGAAAAUCCUGUCGAUGAAAACAGUAUUCAAAAAAGACUCGUUCUAUGUCUUGGAGUGUUCGUUGUUUAUCCUCUCGGAGUGUUACGGGAGUUAUCUGCAAUUGCAAAAUUUGCGUAUUUUUCUUCCUGCUUUUAUGUCUUUUUUCUUCUCGUCCUUACGUUCAAUUCGGUCGCCGGUGGUUUUGCUUCAUUUGACUGGAUUCAAGAAGUCAAAUGGUUCGAUUUCAGCGGCGUCUUCAAAGUUCUACCUAUCUUCGCACUUUCAUUUACCUGUCAGUCUCAAUUCUUCGUCAUUUAUGCAAGUAUAUCCGACGCAACUAGUUUCCAAAUGCUCCGCAUCAUGCGCAAAACCAUCUGCAUCGUUGGCUUCGUCUACAUCUACGUCGGCUUCUUCGGCUACAGUCUGUUUCAAGAAGAAGUGAAGGGAAACAUGCUGUUGAAUUUCCCGAGGGACAUUGUGCUUCAAUUCACUAAAUUGGGUUUCGCGAUGUCGGUCAUUGUUGGUUUUCCGCUCAUGAUCUACCCUUGCCGCCAGUCGAUAUUUACAUGUUUCGUUGAGCCCACUCUCAACAAGCCGAGCUAUGAAAGUCUAGCCGGCGAAUCAACCGAAUCUCCAGUAACAUUCAUCCCUGAUAAUAUCUUCCGAAGCCUCACAGCUGUAAUCGUCUUUCUAACUAUGACAGUUGCAUAUUUCAUCCAAGAUGUAGAAGUUGUCCUGCAACUCAACGGUGCUCUUAUGGGUUCAUUUAUCGCAUUUAUCUUGCCCGCGCUGUGCUUCGAAAAAGCAUGCGCAUCUACUUUUAUGAAGGAAAUAAGAUGGAAAUAUACUCAAAGAUUGAUUUUCCUUACUGGUGUCCUGGCGCUGACUCUUGGAGUUUAUCAGAAUCUCCCGGCGAUGGAAAGUUUUACACCGUCGUAUUUGGCGAUGGAAGAUAUUGACAUCGAGUAUGAAAAUAUGAAAGAAAAACUAAACGACGGAAUCGAGGUUCGAGACACAAAGUACCCCAUGCCAGCUGAUCCCGAAAUAUCUCUGGAUUAA